AUGGUUAUGGCGUUCAUUGACAUGACAUCUGUCAAAAAUAAGGAUGUUGACGAUGAACUGUUGUUGAGAUCUAGUAGCCUUUUUGAAGAUCUGGCUUCACUGCCCCAAGAUGCUCGUGAGGCAACAAAACACGUAUUGGGCCUUCUGCUGGACAAGAUUCAUCCGUUGAUACUUCGCCUUCGCAAUAAAUUGUCGUGUUAUGAAGAAAACGAAAAUAACGUAGCAAGGGUACGCGAUGUCUUCACACUGUGUUCCAGUCAGAUAAAUAAAUGCCUGAUUUAUAUUUUUGAUGUUUUUAAACUGGAAUAUAAGCACCAUACAUAUUUACAGGAGAGUCGCCAGUACACUCUGGAGAGACUAUCAUGGUGUAUGAACAGAUUAUUAUCAAUAGAAAGUUAUCUUGAGGAAACAUCUGUAUCAUCAGACUUGAGUGAAUCUGCUGAUGAUUCUUUCAAUACAACUACAAUGUACUUUGUCAACUGGAUUGACCAUACAUUUGAAAUCCUUGGUAAAUUGGCUGAUAUCAUUUAUAAAACUGAGUACAAGGAGUCUGAUACUUUAUUUAUUCAAUGGAAGGAUGAUAUGGUUGAGUGUGUGAGUGCGCUCCAUGUUUCUAUUGAUGAGCUGCUGUUGUCCGCUAUGACUCUGUGCAGAUACUGCUUAUCUGAUGAUCAACAUGUAGUGAAGGCGCGCUGCCAAGUGGUCCUACGAGAAACAAAAUCUCUGUUGAGUGAAUUGAUAAAAGGAGACUUUAGCUCAGUAGUCAAGGCCACACCAGAAACACUGAAACUACCUAUAAUGCCUUCAAAUGUCAAUGUCCUUAUUGAUGUCUUAAAAGAUGUACUGUAUGCAUUAGAAACUAACACAAAUACUGCACUUCUAGCAUUAGUCAGUCACUGUUUCAGUUAUAUCAAGUCUCCUAUAGCAAUAUUGAAGAAUCAUUUUAAUAAUAAUGCUAAGGGAACUUGUCCUUGUCUGAUAAAGAGUGAAGAUGAGGUGACUGAAAAUUGUUCAUUUGUGAAGGACUUUGAUUUGUACAAUGAGAGAUUGUUGCAAAUUGGAAAUUUUGCUGUCAGUUGUUCUUCAGACCAGAAUAGAAUUGUGACACUCCGCAGUGGUCUAGCAAGCCUUGAGGCCCUAGAUCCACAUUUAGUGCCGGCAUUAAUGAUGUCAGCAGACAGUCACCAUGCUGCCCUCAUGAUCAACUCUUGGACUCAUGAAGUUCAAGAGAUUCGAGACAGCGUCUUUUUGAUUGUUGAUCCAAGUGCCUUUGCUGAGAAAACGAAACAAAUGAUGCACCAGAAACUCCUAGAUGUGUUAAAUGAGGGUAGUUACAAGAAUGCAGAUGUGUGUUCUGUGAUUAAUUUGGGAUGUAUGGUUUCUGACUUCUUCCAUGUAUAUGACAAGCUUGAGCCUGAUGCUUUGGGCCACCAUGAUAAACUGCUAGUUUUACUGGGUGAUUUGGAUAAAGUUCAAAAGGAAUGCAAGAUCGUUAGCAACCUACUGAGUUCUGGUGACGACUAUGUUUAUGAUGUAAAGAUGCCUAAAAAUGAUAAAGUCUCGUUAGAUCAACUUUUAAAACGUCUCAAACUCAUGUACACACUGGUUACUAGAAUACAUGCCUUACACCAUCCUAAGGACGCUGACGACCAAUGGCUUGGUUGCGAAGGCGAGGAGGAGCCCCAAAUUGUGAAUAAAAACGCAACACACACUAUCCUUAAGAAUUAUGAUACGUACGUAAACUCGCCGAGAAAACUCCUGAACAAUAUGACUAGAAGCGUCUUUGCGAGAACUAAUGUACGCUCAUCAACAAGGAAUGUACCUUUAGCAAAAUUAACGAAACACCUAAAGACAAAAAUGUGUACGGAACUCAGUUUUUCCGUUCAAUUGGAUCGUCUAUUUAACUCUGAAGAUUCGAAUGUUGAUUCUUGUGAAACGAAAGAAUUGUUCGUGAACAAACAGCUGGACCAAGUGAGAGAUUCGUCUAUUUCAAUAUUUUACAACUUCUCGCCGAUAAGGAACCGGCCGUCGUUGAGAAAAGCCGUUUUGAGUAGGCAGUGUAAAAUGCCUGUCAAAAGGGAGGUAGACAUUAAUAUUGAAAACAAUGAUACUUACGAUAAUGGUCUUAUGGACGAAACGACAAGUCUUCAAAUUACUGAUAUACUGAAUCAAAUGAACGACAUGACGAGCGUUUUAUCCACCACAAAACCAAGUUUACCAAAAGCAGACAAAGGCGAGGCAACAAGCUAUCAACAAAACGAAUCAAAAAAUGUCCUAAGAAUCAAUGUAAACAAUCAAAAUAUUGUGUCCAAACAUGUUUGGAACAUUCCCGUGAACGCCAGUGUGGUAGAGAUGCCUUUGGAAGACAGUGCAGCGAAUGUCACUCAACCAUCCAACGUGAAUACGUUAGAACGAAUUCAUGAUCUAGACUACGUUGAGAGCAAACUAAACAGUUUAAAAUCGCAGUUGGAGA